AUGUCCUCGCCCAUUCCCACAAAUACACCCGAGCCUAUGUCCAUUGACGAGUACCAAGAAACAAUCCUAGCAGAAUUGAACAUGAUUCUAACCACCGUGAAACAAAUCGAUUCCAAUUUGGUUAAAUCGAUCGGCUUGCUCGAAGAAAGUGUGGACAUCCAAAAGAACGGACAACCAAACCUGAUCUGGAUCAAUGACAGCUUGACAUAUAAGGAAAUGGUCGUGCGGAAUGUUCAGGCGUUGUCUGAUGUGUUGAAAAUGUUAGACGCGAUUGAAGGUGAGAAGUGA